AUGUGUUUCUACGAUCAGCAAAUCUUCACGUGCGGCGACCACAAGUGGGGGCGCUUCCGUGCCCACUGCAACAAGGAGUACCGAACCGGCGAGACCUGCGGUAUGAAGCUCAUCUUCGAAGCUUCCCGAGUCGGAACCAAAUGUCAGAUGUGCAAGAAGCACGAGGUCAUCUGGCGCAAGAUCGCGCAAGCCCACGAGCGCGUGAAACGUUGGGAAUCCGAGGGGAUCAACCCCGUCUCGACCGACAAGGAGUGGGACAACAUUGCCCAAUGGCAGCGGGAGCUGCAGGACAUCAACAUGAUGCGGCACACCAAGAUGCGAUCUAUCUGA